UCCUUGCAAAGAGAUUAAAUAACAAAAAAAUAAUAAUAAAGAAAGCUUUACUCUCGUUAACACAUGUAUACUGGCCGCUAAAGUUUUAAUUUUGUAAAUUUUUUAACUGGUCAUUGACAUGGCUACACUACAAAUGACUGGUGGGAUUACGCCCGUUUCUGAUUUAAAGAAAGUAGAAGAUGACUUGAAGGUGUCAUUGUCCAAAUUGGCGGCAGGUGAUGACGGUCCACAUUAUACGUUGGGUAAAAUCUAUUCUGCCACCGUACAAAUUGUCCAAGGAACCAAAACAAAAAUUGUUGCCGAUCUCAUUGAUAGGAAUGGAAAAACCAAAAAAUGUGGAGUUACUAUUUGGUCUCGUCCAUGGUUGCCCAAUGGCAUUCAGGUUACAUUCGAUUGUGAUGGUGAACCACAAGUAGUUAGAACUCAUGAUCCCUGAGGAGUUAAUAUAAAAAGUAAAGAUUUUAAUGCAUUGUGUAUAAUAGUUUGAAUAAAUGUAAUUUUUUUAUAAAUAAAUCUUAAGCAUGUAAAACAAA